UGUUAACAAAUUGUGUCCCAAAGCACCAAUUACAUGUACUGUUCCGAGACAAAUGGAGCAUUUCCACCUCUUAUUGUGAAACUGAUCCGAGAUCAGCAUCUAAAUGGAAACACAGAUAGACGCUCCCGUGACAACAAGGAAACUGAAGCCGCAGACUCGUUCCUCACAACUCAAACCUCAACACGACAGUCCACAAUGUUUUAUUGUCGUAGUGUUUUAAUAUACGCGUUAUUAAGUGUUUGUUCUACAAAUGACAGUAAAAUAAAAAACGCAUCGAAACCGGUGCGUCUGUUUACGGAUGAGGAGUUGCAAAGAUACGAUGGAAGCGAGGACGGACAACCAAUAUACUUGGCCAUUAAAGGAGUAGUGUUUGACGUCACAACUGGAAAAGAGUUUUACAAAAAAGGAGCACCUUAUAAUGCUCUUGUAGGCAAAGACUCAACCAGAGCUGUGGCCAAAAUGUCCCUUGACCCAGCAGAUCUCACACAUGACACUACGGGCCUCACAGAGAGUCAACUACAAUCCCUUGAGCAGAUUUUCACAGGCACAUACAAGACAAAAUACCCUGUUGUGGGAUACACCAGCAGGCGUCUUCUCAAUGAGGAUGGCAGCCCCAAUAAAGACUUCAAACCCGAAGACCAACCUAAUUUCUCCAUUAAAGAUGAAUUUUGAUGCCUUCAAAAGUAGUUGUCCUAUAAUAAAAUUAUUUAGUAAUCAAAACCCAAAUCAAGACGUUGUUUGUGACCUCUGACAGCAGUGCACUAAGUGGGCAUGUGUAAAUUUGAGGUUGUCUGGUGGUCUUUCCAGCCCACAGCCUAGAAAACAUUAUGAUGCAUACUGUCCCACGUGGGUUUUUCCCUGGUGGGCUGCUUCGAAGGUCAUUCAAAUUGAGCCACCUACAGGUGUGACUUAAAAAACUGGUGUGGUUGAUUGGCAUUUUUAUAUGUGUUAAAUACGUUAAGGAUUUAAAAUGUGUAUGCUGCAUAAACAAGUCUUUAAAAGUGUAAACUGGCAAUAAAACACUUGAUUCUAUUCACUGUACACAAGGGGAAAGUUUGGUGAUUCACACUUCAUUUAGAAAUUGAAAUUGCUCUGUGGUGAGGGGUUUCAUGCCAUGAAUUAAAAAGUUAAGCAUUGAUUUUAUCAUUCUGCGACAACUUUUUUUACUCAAGCGCUCUGUCAGUCAUAAUUAAACUGUUUGUUUUUAUCUUUACGAAGUACUCUUGAUGACUUGAAAUGUUUCCCACUAAUAAAGAGAGAGUUGUUUGUUA